ACUUCUGUCAAUUAAUAAAUGGCUGAUGGAAGCUCGAUGAUUCAGUUCUAACGUUAAACAGAUUCGAAUCGAUUUUGCCAAAUUGGGUGCUCGAGAAUCCCACAAUAGCUCUAGCUUCUAGAUUAAUGCGCUGCUAGAUCUUUCUUUAGAGAUAACUCGGAGAGAUCGAUCGAUCUCCGUCAGACCGUUCUCCUCUACUCGUUCCCCUCGCGUGCGAUCGUAAACGCCCGACAGGGAAAAGUCUUUCUACUUUUCCGUUUGCGUCAUCGGCGCAUACGAGUGUAAAUCCUGUGACGGUGUACGACCGAUCGAGCGUGUAACGCGUUUAACACUUGCACGGGUUUUUAUCAGCGAGAGAGGGCAUUGAACCCUCGAUUCAAGAAUCAGCCUUGCCCUUGCCCGUUCGAAAGAUGAAACAAGAUCUCAUUUUUUGUCCAAUUAACUUGUUCACUCGUUAUUUCGCUCGCUACUUCUAUCUAGGAGUCACGACAGGACGCGAUUUUAUUAUGGAAUCAAAUUUAUUACGCAGCCUGUGAAUCCAGUAGAUGAUUUUUAAAGAUCAAGGGUCACGAUAAAUGGGUCUCUCAAUUUUCAUUCACGCCAAUAUGGUUGGACUCCGGGAACGAUGUGCAAAAUGAAUUUUCUUGUUAGGAAGUCCUGGGAAAAUUGAAAACGUAUUGAUAAGGCGUGUGAAAGGACGAAAUGGAGGGCGGUCGGGCGAGAGGAGGACGGUGGAGGUUGGCCGGGUGAACCCAGGACCUUUUGAGCUGACUAGAUCAAUAGCAAGGAUUUCGCUGCGGCAACGCGCGUCAAACCGUUCCGUUAUCGUUUCAUAUCGCCACUGUCUCAAUUAGGAUUCUACUACUACCUAACGUGUAUAUCUGUAUAAAAAGAAACGUGAUAAAGAAUGAACCAUAUGUUCGCAGUAGUAUGGGAUAAACAGUAGCAAUACGGAUUCAUGGGACAGAUUUUGUAAACGGACAAUAAAUUCGGACAUAGUUAUUACGUAUACCACCGAUCGCGUCGGAGGCGAGAAAAGUAACGAUUCGUGGAAGAAGUUUAUUUGUCGAUGUCGUACGUCAUUCCGAAUCCGUUUUACCGUCUUUUGCUCUUUUUUCAAGCAGUCGAUUCACUCGGAAGCGAAACAAUCGAUGUUUUUAAUACUCUUUGGUUACGCGAUUGGAUUUUAUUGCCGGUCGUUUCGCACCGAAAUAAAAUCCUUCCUCUCCGAAUUUCGGUCCGCGCGCCGACGACUCAGUAUUUUUAUGCCGCUCGUGAUUCUUUACGUAAAUCGCGCACCCCUCGAUUCGCAGAAUUCCCAGUCCUAUAUUAUUUUUUUACUUCUUUCUUUCCUAACAUCUAUGUCGGCUCUCACCGGUUCGCCUGUGACAAGCUGUGCGGACGCGGUUAUAUUUAGAGUUUCUGUUUACCGGGUCUAUUUUAACGCUUGCCGGAGAUUAGUGAAGUAAUAUUUUGGUUUAUGUGUGUGUCCCUCCGUACAAUCGAGAGAAACGCCGAGUUCAAAGGGAAAAAGAGGGAGAACAGCAAUGAACGUCACGGGCGGAUUGAGGAUCAUCGUGAUCUUUGCUGUAGUGAUUGGAGCUCUGGCGGCUGCUGGCGUUCCUGAAACGUCAGAAUCUCCUUAUGACGACGCGGAACUGGUUCUCCCAUCCAUACCAGGCGCGGAAAACUUAGAGGAGAAGGCCAUGCCUUUGUCUAAAUUGAUUGCUCAACAUGAAGGUGUACAGAACUUGCUGGAGAAGAGUCAACUCGACUCUCAUCUUCCUGGAACAAAGAACCUGGCCGAGAAACGCCUCCCGGAAGCAUUGCUGCGAAUGUCCGAUGGUCAGCGCAGAAACCUUUAAGUCAGUUAAAAUACGUAAAAUUAUUUUAUUAAUGUCACUUAUAAGAAUAAAGUUAGGAAUAAUUACUGGUUUUAUAUAUUCGUUUAAAAGUAUGGUUUGAAAUACAUAAUAAAAUAGUAAUUGGAAAGUUAGUAGUAGAAGAGUAAUUGACGAUGAACGUAAUCAUUAAUCGAUUAGUUCUGAAGUACUCGAGAUAGAAGAAAAUUGUAUACGACCUUCUUUUACAGGUAAUAUCAUUACCUACAACUUUUAUUCAAAGAAUUUUUCAAAAUUCUGACUAAAUAAAAAUUUUAAUUUUUCUGACAAUUCGUUAAGGGGAUCCCCUUCAAAUCUUGUGAAAAAUUUUCGUUUUUCGCAAAUACCUGCUUACCUGUUGUUGCUAACGAGAAAUGUUUCCGAUAAAAAUUGUAGCUCUAAUCGUCAGCUACAAAUAAGAUCGUAUGCAAUUUUCCCGUAGGUCCAACGGUUUAUGAGUAUUUGAGGAAAAACGAAACUUUUUACCAAAAGUUCGCUAUUUCGACGGUGAGAAGAUCAGAUUUUGUCAUUAUCAAUAAAAUGCCAAUUAAACGUA